AUGGUGGUGUGUCUGACUGGACUAUGGAGGUAUCGGAAUUACCUGAUCAUAUUCCUCAUCCCUCUGUUGAUUCUACCUUUACCCCUAAUAGUUGGGGGACCGGUAAGAGAGGCUAGUUGUGGCUUUGUAAUCAUCCUGAUGGCCCUGUACUGGUGUACAGAGUGUAUGCCUCUGGCUGUGACCGGUCUGCUGCCUGUCAUCCUCUUCCCUAUGAUGGGCAUCAUGGAGUCAAGCGAGGUGUGUAACCAGUACAUGAAGGACUCUAACAUGCUGUUCGUCGGAGGGCUGUUGGUGGCUAUAGCUGUGGAAUACUGGAACCUUCACAAACGCAUCGCCCUCAGAGUACUGCUCCUAGUAGGGGUGAGGCCUGCUCUUCUGAUGAUGGGCUUCAUGGGCACCACAGCCUUCCUGUCCAUGUGGAUCAGUAACACAGCCUCCACUGCCAUGAUGCUGCCCAUCGCUAACGCCGUGCUGAAGCAGCUGUGUGACACUGAGGCCCAGGCAGAGGAGAGGGAGAUGGACCUGAUGGCCAUCAGGGGGGCCGGGACUGGGACUGGGGUACCUAAGGGCCAGGAAAACCAAGCCUUUGAGAUGGGUGACAAGGAAAAAAGUAUUACCAUAGGUAGGAGGCUGAAGAGGGAGGCUAAGUACCUGAACCUGGAUAAAGGUAUGAGUCUCAGUGUGUGUUACGCUGCCAGCAUCGGAGGAACAGCCACCCUCACCGGCACCACCCCGAACCUCAUCCUCAAGGGACAGGUCGACGAGCUGUUCCCAGGAAAUGAAGACAUCAUCAACUUUGCCAGCUGGUUUGGUUUCUCCUUCCCCAACAUGGUUCUGAUGCUGAUCAUCUCCUGGCUGUGGCUGCAGUUUAUGUACCUGGGCUGCAACAUGAAGAAGUCGUUUGGCUGCGGGAUGAAUAAAGAUGGUGACAAGGAGGCGUACGGGGUGAUGAAGAAUGAGUAUAAGAAGCUGGGCAGUAUGUGCUUCGCUGAGGGCUGUGUUCUGGUGCUGUUUGUUCUGCUGGUCCUGCUCUGGUUCACCAGAGAACCAGGCUUCAUGCCCGGCUGGGCCACUGUGCUCUUCAACAAGGACAGACCGUACGUCACUGAUGGCACGGUGGUCAUCCUGAUGUCAACACUGUUCUUUAUGAUCCCAGCCCAGCUACCCAGAUGUGGCGGGUACUCUGAGGAUGAUUUGGACAGAGAUACUCCACUGAAGGCCCCUCCCACCCUGCUGAACUGGGACGUGGUCCAAGAGAAGAUGCCGUGGAACAUUCUCCUGCUACUGGGAGGAGGCUUCGCUCUGGCCCGGGGAAGCGAGGUGUCUGGUCUGUCUCAGUGGCUAGGAGAAAGUCUGGCCCCCCUGCAGUCCAUCCCUCCCUUUGCCAUUUCCUUCCGUCUGUGUCUACUCACCGCCACAUUCACUGAGUGCUCCAGUAAUGUAGCUACUACCACACUGUUCCUGCCUAUACUGGCCUCUAUGGCCAUAGCCAUUAAGCUCCACCCACUGUACGUCAUGCUGCCCUGCACCAUCUGUGCCUCGCUGGCCUUCAUGUUGCCGGUGGCCACGCCCCCUAAUGCCAUCGCCUUCUCUUAUGGCAACCUCAAAGUCAUGGACAUGGCGAAGGCUGGAUUCGUUCUGAACAUUGUUGGUGUCAUCACCAUCAACAUCGCACUGAACACCUGGGGAGCAGCCAUGUUCAAUCUCAACACCUUCCCUGACUGGGCCAAUGUUACCACCAUACACACUCCCUGAUCUGGAGACG